AUGCCAGCGUCAGACGAAGAAGAAGAUGAGGACGAGGAUAUGGAGGGAUAUUACAGUGAAGAUGAUGAAGAGCCCGUUGCUAGUCGCUAUGUUGUGCUUGGUAAAGGGAAGAACCGCUUUGGUCGGUUCCUGAUCCGAGGAUAUCUGAAUCCGGAAAGCAACAGAUUGACGGUGCGACGCAGAUAUUUGGAGUGA